AACCUUCUUGAAAAAUGGAGCGCUGACACCACGAUUCUAUUCCAUAAAAUCCACCCAUAUUUUCUAGAUCUAGCCUCUGCGAACCGUCUUUGAAAAUUUAACACUCCUUCAAAUCUGGGUACCCAAUUCUGGGUCUAUGCCCGACGCCGAAAAACUGUGGAGAAAUCAAUAAUCUAGGACAACAACUAACCAAUUUAACAACGGCGAGUUUCAAGGUGGGUUGCUGGUUUGGAUUUGGCGUUGGUGAGCUGCAAAGCGGGCUGCCGUGAUCUGGGCACGACGGCGGCGAGCUGCGAGGUGGGUAGACGUGGUCUAGAUAUGACGGCAGUGUAGCUGCAAGGUGGUUGAGGCUUGAGUUUCGACUUCUCCAGCUAUCUCAAGAGCGUGAGCAGCUAACUGGGUUAAUUCGACAAGGGAGAGCUGGAAGUACUUGGGGAUGUUUGAAUGAACUCCACUGUUGCUAAACAAAACUUUCCAUGGCUGAUGAUACAUCAGAAACUGAAACGGGGCUAGAGGACUGCGAAGCAACAAAAGCACAGUUGGCUGUAAUGAAAGCAAAAUUAGCCGAAUUCUCAACCAAGUUUGAGGCUGCUUUUAGUGCUUCUGUGGACAAACUCCAAAGCUCUGUGGUAUGUCGGUUGGCGAAGAACAAGGAACCGCGAAGAGAGUGCAUAUUAGGACCACAUUACAGCUUCGGUAUGCCGCCGGUCAUCGACGAGGUUCUAGAAAAUUCAUUGGUGGACACAUCUUGCCUGACCGGCGGAGCUAGCUGGUCUAGUUGGAACACAAAUUCCAAACAGCCAGGGAGUUGGCCGAAAACGACACCCGAGUGGAAGAAAUGGGUACCACGGAUGGAGCAUUUUUUCGGCCGCUCAUGGAAAAAGUUUGGUAUUUAUGAUAGCAUUAAAAUGUCCGAGCAGGAAAUCUACAUGGACCGGCCUCUCCUUGCUGCUGCCUUGUGUUUUUGGUCAUCUGCUACUAACACCAUGAACCUGCCACUUGGGCCAAUGAGUCCAACCUUGCUAGAUAUGGCUGCAAUAUUUGGUUUUCGGCCGAAUGGAGAGGAGAUAUGUGCUUUAGCUGACCUUCCUUCCUCUUUUCAUGCUAGCCUGAAACCCAAAGUGAACAAGGAUGACAAGAAAGCAAAACAAAAAGCUGAUGUUAAAGCAAGGAAGUUGCUUAAUUAUAGCACUUUCUAUGCCGAACAUGCAAUUGCCGAGGAUGUGUCUACGGUUGAGAGGCAUAACCCAAAACAACAUGAACACGCCGCUUUCCUCCUCUAUUGGCUAUGCAAAUAUGUAUUUUGCACCAAGUCGAACAAGUGUUUGUUUGAGUUUGCUGGUAUUGCGGAGGCCCUUAGCUUGGGUAAACCUUUAGCCCUUGGUCCGUUUGUCCUUGCCUAUCUUUACCGUACUUUGCGUAAUGUAGUGACCAACAAUAUGACGCUGGAUGUUGGAGGGCCAUUAUGGAUGUUCCAGGUAUGGGUGCAAACUUACUUUCGUCAGCUUCGACCAAGUCAUCCUUUUGAUUCCACUGUGAUUCUCGGCCGCCAAAUCAUCUCUCUUGGUCCUCAUGCACAUUCAGUAGCCGAGUGCUUUGCUUUCUUCCUUUCGAGAAAGAGCAUGACCAAGGAAGAGUUUGCCAAAUGCUAUAGCCGAGAUUAUCCUUCUUGUCUUACAUUAAACAUAACGAAGCCAUGGGAGAGGUCUUUGGACUUGUCAGUACUUCUACCUUGGGGGAGCAUUCUGAUUUCUCGAGACAUAAACUAUGGUCUCAAGGGUACACUGGGUCGGCCAGGGGUUGAGGUUUAUCUUCCAAACUUUGUUGCGCGUCAGCUUGGCUUCAUACAAAGUUGUCCAGCCUUCUUUCUAAUGUCCCGGAAUCGUUUUUCUUCAUGGAGAGGUGGGUUUACAGACGCUGCGCAUUGUUCGGCCGUCACUCUUUAUUAUCAGACUCAGUUUGGCAAGUUUGAGAGAUCUGGCCUGAGCGCCCGCGAACCUGAUCAUAGAGCAACUCCGACUUUCCAAUCUUGGUGGACAACAUUUAUCAAGAAGAAACUUGGAGAGGACUUGCGGAUAACCGAGCGUAUUGCCUUGUAUGGAUUCCCGGGCUUGUUCACCAACAAAGGCAAUGGCAAGAAGAAAGCACCGGUUGCUAAGUCGAAAUCCAAAGAAUUGUCUAAGGAAGAGCAAACUUCAAAGAAACGAGGAUCAAAGUCGGGAAAAACUCUGCCUACCAAGAAGGUAAAGAAGUCACCUGACGUGGUGGAGAGUUCGGUCACGAAUCCGGCCGACAUUAUGGUUAGUGAAGACAUAAUUUUCGAGGGUGAUAUGGAUAAUAGCCAAAAUGCUCUAGCUGAAAAUCACAUCAUGUCUGGAGCUGAGGAUGCGGCCGAAACUAGUGAUGCCUCAACCGACAAUACGGGUUCGGCCGACAGUGAAGGUUCGCGUGAUGAAGCACAGUCAGAAAACUUUGAGCAUGAGGGAGAUGGCCGUAUUGAUCACUCUUUGCCUCCUCCUGAGAGUUCCAUGGUUGAGAUUGACAUGGAUGACUUGGGUGAGAACCAGCUUCCUAAUAUCGACCAACAACUCGCAAACUCAGCCAACCUUGCUAAGGAUGCGGAAGACGUCGGUAUACUUGGCCGAGAGGCAUUGCUUAACCACCAAAUACCUGUCCAGGUACGAGAAUCUCGAAGCGGUUCAACCCUGGAGUUGGCUCUUUUCAACCCAACUGAAUCAACUCCUUCUAUGUUCGGAAUGCUUACCUCUCCUCCUACUGAAGGGAUACCUCGAAGUGAUCAAGCUAUCGUUUGCGCCUCAUCGUCGGCUGAGCCUGUGGAACAAACAACAGGUGAUCCUGGUUUGGAGUUACUUCAGUUUCUCGAUACGCUAGAUAACAAUGCGAGCCCGGUAGAGGAAAAGCUUGAGACAAAUGAAACCAAGAAGGCACUUGAAUCGGUCAGACAGUUUUUGGGUUGUGAUACGAGAGCAGUAACCGAGACUAGUUUCCUCGCCUUCAAGGAGGCGGUUGAAGUACUUAUUUCAGCCAACCACUUAUCUCAAGUAGAAGCUUAUGAAGUUCAUGCCCUUUUGUCCCGUGCAAAUUUUAGUCUUUCUCCUUGCUUAGAAGCCCAAAAAGAGUUUGAAACCGGCGAGAAGUUGAUAAGUGAGUAUAAAGACAUUCGCCAGUCUACCGAUCUUGGCCAACUUCAUAAGUUGAAGACUUCUUUGGACGAGGGAAGGCAAAAAGUGCGUGAUUUGAAAAAGCAAUUGGUCGAAGCUGAAGAGCAAGUCAAAGUCACUUCGGCUGCCAUCCGAACCAUUGUUCCUCAACAAGAUCUACCUAGGUAUAGCUUGAUUUUGUCCUCGGUCAAGUCAUACAACAAGAAGAGAGGCAUCUUGAAGAGAAAGGUCGACCAAGGUAUGGAGGACUUGGAAAAGGUUAGGGAAAUUCUUCGGUCUCUUCUACCCUCUGACAUGUAGUUAUAGGGGAAUAUGGUAUUCAUCUCGGCUUAUAUUUUGUACAUGGUCCUAGGACCAUAACUCAGCCGGUUGCCUUAAUUUUGUAGAGUCUAACCGACCUUAUUUGUAGGACUCACAUUCUAAUUUGCGUAUAUGACCGGUUGAUCAUUCGGCCGCUAUUUUGUCAA